AUCUUCUGGUUCUUCUCUGGGUUCUUCUAGUGGCUCAAGUCAAUUAUCUUUUUCUGAUAUUACCUCAACAACCAGAAACCAUUUUAAAAUUCUUUUUGAAAAGAUUAUGACAAACAAUAAUUAUUCUUUAGACGAUAUGUGUAAUAUGGUGUCUGUUGAGAUUUGUAGUCUUGGGAUGAGAAAGAUUGGUAAAGAAACUAUAAAAAAUUUUUAUUAUAAUAAUGGUAAUUUUAGAGAUAGUACUUUAAAUAAAAUAGGUGCUUGGAUCGAUAGCAAAAAUAAUUUUAACUUAGCUAAUAAUACGAAGAAAAAAAUAAUUGAUACUUUUUCUGGAGGGUUGCAAUAUGUGAAACCAAAACCUUUGCUUUACACUUCUGGUGCUAAUUGGGAAUAUCAACCUGACCCAUCUUUGAAGCAGAUCUUGCAAAGAGAGCUUAAAAAUCAUUAUGAAAAUUUUAUUUUAGGGCGUUUUGACAAAUUGAAUCUUCCGCUAUAUCUCUUCCUUUCUGGAGCUGGUACCGGAAAAUCUCGAAACGCUAAUGAAUUCCACCAGACAGCAAUCACAUGUUUGUCAGCUCAAGAAGAUGAGGAGCUGUUGACUAGGAUUAAAGAAGCUUGGGUAUUCCAUGUCACCUAUGAGAAUGACUUCGGCUUACGAGAAGAUGAAUCCCGCCCUUAUCAUGCCAUUGGUACUCGUAUGCUGUUUCAACUUCUUAGAGAGAAAAUGACGCUUAAUAAAAUUAUCGAGACAUACGAGCCACCAGAUCCGUUGGAUGUUGUGACAUUAAUUGCCAAAUAUCAUAAUCAAGACUUGAAAAAUGUUACUGUAAUUUUGAUUGUUGACGGCAUGCAACAACUUAUAGAGAACAAAGAUGACGGUUUAAAGUUGAAUUCUUCGUUUUACAAGACUCUGACAUCUGUCGCAGAUCUUGCAUUUAGUGGCAUUUUCGUGAUACCCGUUUGUACCUCAACUAUUACUGGGCCGAUUGAUGGUAUGUUGAGAUAUUCAAGGCGGAAACGUAUAUACCUACCAGUCACUUCUCUACAACCCCCAAGCUAUCGACAAGGAGAUAGUUUGGUUCCGGUUUUUAAAAAUGAUGAGAUUUCUAAUAUUCUCGUGGAAGACUGUGGAGGGCAUGGAAGAGCUCUAGAAGUUCUUAAUGAAUGCUUGGCUGGUCGUAGCAUUGAAGAAUGCAACAUCAACACUUUGAUGAACGAUCUGCGUUAUAAUCUUACUGAAAGAUACGGUGAUGAUAUUUUUGGUUCUAUUGAAGAUGCUAGGCCAAUUGCACGAGCAAUAUUGACUCGACGUCUCUUAGAUAGAUAUAAACCUAUUCCCAAAACCAACAAAACACCAGACGAAUUUGUUGGAGGUGGAUUGAUUCGAUUCGAACAAUUAAAAGGUAGUAGGCUAAGAGGAUAUCUCACUGCACCAUACAUCUGGCUUUGGAUAUUUGUGGAGAUUUCUAAUGAAGGAGGGGAUUCAUUACUUCGAGAUUGGGAAUUUGCUGAUUAUGGGGAGCUAAGAGCACUCUUGAAUCCAGUAACAUCAUUACAAGCGAAGUCAUGGCAGAGUUUUGAAAAAUUUGUCGCAUCAUUUCGUUGCAUAAAGUCAGCUGUGAUUGAAGAUAAUGAGCUAAUAAUGAUCUCAGAUGUUCACGCGGGAGCACGUUUGAAUGGUGAUAUCCAAUUUAAAAACCUCAAUCUACGACUUGAAAUUGCAAAACAUCAUACAAACACAAAAUCUAAAAGUCUCACUACAAGCGAAUGGAAUGUUGAUUGCUGUAAUUCUACCGUUGAUGUCCGGCAAUUCAAACAUUGUAUAAUUAAUGCCCCAGCUUCACCAUAUGGAGAUUCCUUCCUUUCAUUAGAUCAGCCGGGUACCGAGAGUCCGAAUGAAGUCCACCAAUUUAAAUUACGAAAAAAAGCGGUCAGUAAAAAGUACCAAGUAGAACGUGAAAAAUCUGCAUCGGAAAAUGAUUUUUUCAUCCUCUUUACAACUGCAAACUUAGCAAAAUUAAGACACGAUUUUGAGGAACUUAAACAACAAACCCAAAUUAUUUCUAAUGCACAAAAUACACCUUCUACAGUAGAUAUUUCGUACUCUCCAACCAUUAAUCAAAUGGAAUCUGAAAAGAUGAUACCCCCAUCAUUAUGUGAUGCAAAAACCGUGACAAAAUGUCACGAUCAAAAUUAUGCGCUUGACAAUUCUGAUACUAUCUCCAUUGAAAUAUCCGAAUCCGACAAUCAAAUCAUAGAAG